AGCAAACCCAAUUUAUGUUCAUCACCUCCAUUUCCUCCUUCUUCUUCAUCUCUCCGCCGUAAAACCCUAACUUCAAACUUCCCCUCUUCACUUCGAAGCCGAAUCCUUGUCUCCAAAAAGUUAUGGCAGAAGUUGUUUCUUCUCUGGUUCAGAUGGAAGGAGAGAGUAGCCACAAUGACCCCUUGCAAUUGAUGUCUUUGAACUUUGGUGGGAGUGUUGCGAAUAAUGUCUCUAACACGCCACAUGAUGAUGAUAAGCAAAAGAUGAUCAUGGAAGCUGGAAGUAGUGUGAACCAAACUGAUGUUUUCGCAUUACCUUGGAUGGCUCACUCCUCAAUGCCGGCGCAAAUUUUUGUCGACUUUCUAGCAGAAAGUUCAGCAUAUCUGCCAAAAUCUCCUUAUGAAGACAUGCUAGAGAAGAUUUCUUUAUCUGAUAGUGGUGUACAUGCUGCUGCUGGUGGGGUGUCUGAUUUCCAAAGAGAUUUGUUAUACGGCAGUAGUCUUGGAAAAUCUUCUGGUUCUAAAUCAAUUGAUUUUUCUUUGGACAUGGAUCCUUCGAAGCAUACUUCAUGGACAGACACUUUCUCUGGGGUUAGUUUUGAUAAUACUUCUCAAGUUGAUCAGAAGUUAACAUUGGCUGCACCUGAUAUUCCUUCUCGGCCACGUCAAAGUGCUAAAAGGCAGAUAUCUCUUGUAAAUGAACGUCAGGCUCGCAAGAUCCGAAUUGCUGAAAGAGUAACUGCACUAGAAGAACUGCUUCCACAAUCCGUAGAGGAUGGUCAAGAAUUUGUACUGGAUGAUGUCAUUGACCAUAUCAAGUUUUUGCAGCUUCAAAUAAAGGAUCUAAGUAAAAGCAGAUUGGGAGGAGAAGCAAUUACUGAACCUAUGAUUUUCCGCGAGGGAUAUGGUCACUACUUCUUACACCAGCAGAUGCUGAGUGAACCUCUUGAAGAGAUGAUCGGAAAGUUGCUCGAGACAAAUCCAGUGGCUGCAGACCAGCUGCUAAAGGACAAGGGGCUUUCGGUAAUGCCUCUGUCAUUCACUAAGAAUUUAUUCUGAGCCACAUAGAUGCCUGGUGAACUCAUUUGCAUAUAUCAGUUCUGGGUUUUGUAAUCUUUUACUUAUGUUCAUGGUUUCCUCCAGACACUCAUCUUCUGACCUAUUAGGAAAUCAUUUACUUGGGUUGUUAUGCAGUCUCUAUAGUCUUUGACAGUCAGAUACUUUUGAUUAUUAGUGCAAGCCAGUGGUUAG